AGUUUCUGAUGCAUCUGUUACGAUGAACAGCUUGCUUUUUCUGCAGAGGCACCUGCACCUUUCAGCGCGAACUUUUAAAAAGACGCCGCGGAAUCUUAAAGGGAAGAGCAGCACGGAGCAGCGCUGGAUCGUCCGGCAGCUCAGCGACCCUUUCGUCAAGGCCGCUCAUGUACACAACUAUCGCUGCAGGAGCGCCUUUAAGUUGCUGGAAAUCGACGAUCGGUACGGGCUCCUCAAACCAGGCUUCAGCGUCAUCGACUGCGGCGCCGCACCAGGGGCGUGGAGCCAGGUCGCGGCUCAAAGGAUCAAUUCAGUGGGGACAGAUCCCGGAUCACUGGUUGGCUUCUUGGUUGGCGUGGAUCUUCUCCGCAUCCCUCCUUUGGAUGGAGCCCACUUUCUCUCUAAUUGCGAUCUCACCGAUUCAGCCACGCAGACAGAAUUGCGGUACCUCCUUCCCGAUGGGGUGGCAGAUGUCAUCCUAAGCGACAUGGCCCCCAACGCCAGCGGCUUCAGGGAAAUGGACCACGAAAAGCUGAUCGCAAUGUGCCUGUGCGUGGUGGACUUUGCCGAGAAGGUUUUGCGAUCAGAGGGUGCCCUGGUAUGCAAGUACUGGGACGGGAGUAAAGCUGGGCAACUUCAGAACAGACUUGCCAACAUUUUCCGAGAAGUAAAGGUUGUAAAGCCAAAAUCCAGCAGGAAAGAGUCAUCAGAACUGUUUUUUGUUGCGAGGUAUUUCAAGAAACAGUGAAAAACGAAAAUCUGCUGGGUCACAAACUAUGUAAUAAAUGAAGCCACAAAAGGUAUUAAAAUUUCAUUAUUUUUGAUGAUACUGUCUAAAUGUGAUGUUUCAGUGUGUGUGUUUACAGUGCCUGUCAAAAGUUCAGACAAACCAAGCCACCUAUGAAGGAAAGUGAUGCUGUAGCGUCACAUGACCUGGCCACCUGACCUAAUCACAGUAGAAAUAGUUUUGGGGGAGUUUGUCUCAAAUACAAUUUUUGUUAAGUGCAUAAUUCCAUAUAUGUUAUUUUGUAGUUUUGAUGUCUUUAUAAUUAUUCUAAAUUCUGGAGAAUAAUACAAAUAAACCUUUCUGUGGGUAGAUAUGUCCAAACUUUUGACUGAUUCUGUGUUUGUACGUUAUAAAAUCUUUCUGUGUGUUUAGAUAGAUAGAUGUUACAACAAAAGUAUAUCAGACUUCAUAUUCAGACAUGUAUUAAUAUGUUUUUUUUUUUUGUUAAAAUUCCACCCUGCAUCCUCCUAGUCAUAAAUGUGCCAAUAAAUGGUCAGUUUAAUAUC